AUUAAGCCGUCGUGAUUCGUUUUUAAUGUGUUGUUUUCCAAGCCGAAUUUGAUCUAAAAUAUUAACUUACAUCCAUGAAAUUAGUUGUAACGUCACUAGAUAGCUGCAUUCCGUGUGUUAACGAUUAUUGUCUUAUCGGAACUUUAAAACGUUGUUGUUGUUUCUUUUCGGAUACCAAUAAAAAAAGAACCGGCUUCGCUGUUGUUGUAGCAACCGUCGGCGGCGAUAAGUAUGUUAAAUUAAGCCUUCAUGAUUCCUUUUAAAUUUAAAAUUGUUACGUGUGUUGUUAUCAAGGUGGAUUUAAUCGAAAAUAUUAAUAUAAGUCCAUUAAAAAAUAUUUGUAAUCGUGUUUUGCGAUUGCUGCGACGCUACUGAUAAGUGUGCACCUAAAAAAAACCCUCGUUGAACUUUGUUUACAUUUUGUAGCGGGAAAAAAUAUUUUUAUUGUCAAUUUAAUUUCUUAUAACUGCGAAUUAGCAUGUCGGCGAUUAGUAGCCUCAUUCCUGCACGGUUCCUGACCAUCAUUGCUCACCUUGUUAUAGUCAUCACUAUCUUUUGGACGAGGGAAAAUAACGUGAAGGCCUGCCUGCCUCUGGAGUUCACCCAAGAGCAAUACAAUAGUGAAGAUUCCAAGUUGGUGGUGGCACUGUCAGUCACUCUUGCAUUGUUUGCUAUCGAGCUAGUUGGCUUCUUCUCGGGAGUGUCAAUGUUCAACAGCAGUCAAGGCCUCUUGUCUACAGGAGGCCAUGCCAGCGGCACAGUGGCUCUGCUAUUCUUUCUAUUCGAGCGGUGGGAGUGUGCCAUCUACUGGUGGAUUCUUGCCUUCUGCAGCGCAUCCGUCUCCUUGUCGUAUUUUGUGUUUGACAAGUGGGAAUGCUGGACUUACUGGGUUAUUUUCUUCCCCUGCAGUGUGCUGCCUGCCUUUGUGGAGAUUCUACUAUUAAUCGCCGUUUUUGGACUGAAGAAGAAGCCGUUGUGAGAGGCUGAACUCUAUUUUACAGGACUAUAAUGGAGAAAAGGCAUUCAUUGUCAUGUUUCAAUGCAAUAGUAAAGAGAGGAGUGAGAACAUGCCACCAUGUCAUUGUGAAAUGAUCACAUAUUCAUUGUAAAAUGAUAAAAGAAAAUGUUUUACAUUAUCCUGAAUGUUGUUUUGAUUUUUUGGUUGUUUCACCAUUGCAAUAUUUUCUACCACCACAACCUUUAUCUUUAUUGUACUGUAUAAUGCAGGAGUGUCCAAACUUUUUCCAUAGAAAAAAAUAAAGCAUGCUGGGGCCAUUUUGAUAUUUUUGAUUUUCAAAACCUAUACAAUAUUUAUUGUAACCCCUCAAUUUUGGUGAAUGACAAAGGUCUCAGGGACCCGAAGGGUCUCAGUUAUUAAAGUGUAGUAAAUGUUUUAGUUUUUUGUAUAUUUAUGCCUUUUUUUUCAAAGAAACUCCUGUUUUUUAAGGCAGUAACACAAAAUAUGCAACAUUUUCCACAAAACAUUUUCAAAAUGGAAUAUUUGAUGUGAAGU